UCUGUCAGAUCAGAAGUCUACCUAACCUCACAAAUAGUUGUCUAAUUUAAAGGUUAUAUUAAAAGUAAACAAAUGUAAAGAAAUUAAAGAAAAAGUAUACGUAAAAUGUUUGAUGAUAGUGAUUUUGAAUUUGAUGAUGAGGCGAUAGAUGCAGUUUUUGACAACAUGCCCAGUGUUGUUUCCAACAAAACAGUUCAAAAACGACCCUGUGAAGAAGAGAAAAUCAUCGAAAAACAGGGAAAUACAAUCCAAAUUGACCAUUUUUUACGACCUGCUAAAAAACCGAAGGAAAAUACCACUAUUUCUAAUAAGUUUCAAAACAUAAAAAAUGAUGUUUAUGAUCAAUUCCAAAGCAUAGAAAGAACAAGUGUUAAAUUUGAUUGUGUUGAUAAUAGUGAUCGAUUAAGUCCAAUAAUAUGUUACAAUGAGCCAUCUUCAAGUUCAUAUGUACAUAAGAAUACUGUAAAGAAAGUGGUACAGAGAAAGUUUCCAGGACCAGCAGGUCUGUUACCUGAACAAAUGGACAAAAACAACUUCACAAAGAGGAUCGAUGACGACUUCUACUUUAAAAAUGUGCAAAAUACAGAGGAGCCAAUGCUAGUUUCUCAAUGUUGUGAAUUAAGUUUUGAUGAUAAACUUUGGAAGAGAAUGCUAGAAGAUUUAGAACAUGAAAAAAUUGAUAGUGAAUAUAUUUUACCUGAGAAAUAUAACAUUGAAUGGAUAAAAAGUAAAGCUGUGAAUAAUCAGUUAGUAAAUCAGAAGGCCCCAUUUUUAGCUGCAUUAAUUCAGAGUUUGAAUAUAAAAUCCCCAGUACCAACAGUCACAUUAAGGGAUAAGACUGGUGAAAUCCAGGCUACAAUUGAUUACGACUUGUAUAAAGAAUAUGUUGCAGAGUUAGCAGUUGGUUCGGUUAUCAUUAUUAAACAGUUUAGUGUCGUACCUACUGGUACCUCAUAUAUAUUGAAUGUAACUGUUAAAAAUUUGAUCAGAAUAUACCACGAAAAUAAUAGCGAAAAACAGUCCACACUCCAUGAAAAAUUGGAUGAUAACAUUUUUUCGGAAAGUCCAAUAAGUCCAGAACAAAUAAAAAUAAUUAAUCUUCAAGAUCUUUCGGUUAAUGAUAUAAUUAAAAAUAUAAAAGAGAUAAGCGAUUAUAAAAGGGAAAUUGAAAUUAGUGACGAAGCCUUGGGAGUAUUUCUGGAUGAUUUUAACAAGAAUUUUGAUAAUAAUAAAGCAAAUUCAUUUAAUAAUAAACAACUUGAAGCUCCCCUACCGAGUACGUCUCUUUUAACAAAAACUUGCUCAAACUUUUCCUCUCAGCCCAAAUCAUACAAAUCCCCCCAAAAUAUUAAUACUUUUUCUAAAACGUUAAGCAACAGUAAUAUUAGAAGUAAUGGAAACAUGACACCAGCUAAAAAACCGAAAUUUAACUUUAAGGCAACCAGUUUUAAUAAAGAAAACAAAAUUUCUAAUUUGAACAAAGAAAAACGAACUUUCAGUGCUAGUGUAACGAACUCUUCACAGAGCUGUAGUCAGAUUGCUGUAAAAGCAAAUAACGCGGAAGAAAAGAAAAUUACGGAAGAUAUAUUUGAAGGGCUGGAUGCUGAUUCGUUUUUUGAUGAUUUUUGAAAUAAUCUUUGCAACAUUUCUUAUAAGAAAAUGUGUUGUAAAUAAACUAUGUAUGAUAUAAUAAAAGGUAUUUUUUAUA